AAGCGGCCAUGGACAACUCGACGUCGCGCCGCGCGCCAAGUCCGACUGCUUCCGUGGCUUCGUCUAAUGGAUCCUCCUCGCACGUGGUACAUGCCCCACCACCGAACAUGCAGAACUACCCGCCACAUCCGUAUCCGCCGCCGCCUCCAUCCCAUCUUGGGCAACAGCAGCAGCAUCUCCACCAGCAUCAACAGCAGCAUGCCAUGUACCACCACCCACCACCGCAACCACACCAUCCCCACCACCAACAGCAACAUCACCUUCCGCCCCAUCCAACUCUCAUGCACCCACCCCACUUGCCUCCCUCGUCACAUAUGUUAAGUCAGCUCUUCCCGAACUUGGCCCUUCAACAGCAACAACAACCACCACGCGCACCACCCGCUCCGUUUUCUGUUUCUCGGGGAAGCAGUGGUAGUGGUGGAUAUCCGACUGGUGACCCCGACUUGACAUCACCAUCUGAACAGCAGCACCACGCGCCAUCUUCGUCGCAUCUUCCGAUUCCGACGCUGCUGCGGCCUGCGAGCGCGGGUGGUGGUCUGAUCAUUCCCCCUCCACCCAUGCCGCCGAUCCGGUCCGCGUCCAUCUCGUCUCCCGGUGUCGUUCGCCCUGGCACUCGUCUCGUCGGCCAAUCACCCGUGUACGACCCCAAGCUCGACCCCGAGUCGCGGUCGUUGGAGGUCACUCCCAUCACGCUGUACGUGUCCGAGCGCGCAUCUGAAUUCGGCACGUUGAUCUCCGUGAACGAGCAUUACAUUUCGUACCCCAUCCGCAACGGUCUCAUCCGCGUGAUUAACCAGUCCAGCGUGAACCGCAUCCUCCUUCGAAAGCACGAGUCGCACGUCGUCACAGAGCUCGCCUUCUUCAGCGCGACCACGGACCUCCUGGUCAGUGCCGGCAGCGACAACCACAUUGUCGUGUGGCGCCUCGCCGAGGACACGUACGCGUCCAAGCCCAUGACCCGCGACAUCGUCCGGACGCUGCCCGUGCGCGCGUCGCGGGUCAAGUGGCACCCCGUCGACUCGACCAAGAUCGUCAUCGUCCAGGACUCAUCUGUGUUUGUCACAGACUACUUGAGCCACGAAGACGACGACGAGUUUGACUUGCAGGCAAACAGUGUCGCAUGCAAUCGGAGCCAGGGCGUCGUGCAUGAUGUCGUGUUCACACCGGACGGCCAGCACGUCGUGACCGCCGGCGCCGACGGCCUCGUGCACGUGUACCGAGUAGGUUCGUCCAGUCGAGGCCAAGACGCCGACUACCUCCGGGGAUUCAACCCGCUCAACGGCGCGCCGCUCAACAGCCUGCACUUUGUCGCAUAUAUAAAUGGUUCUUCCCAUCAUGCUGCUGCUGCCGCUCCUCCUCCCGGGUCGAGUCUACUGAUUGGCGGCCAAGCCAACACCGCCCUCAGUGUGUGGACGUCCCCCGUCGACGACGACACCCCGCCCCAAGCCAUCCAAACCGUUCGAUUGAACUCGACGCACGCCCACGAAGUCGUGCUCGAUGCCACGCACCAGUUUCUAUACGUGGCCGACCGCAGCCAUGCGGUGCUGUACGUGUUUCAUUUAUCCGGAUCCGGUCGGCUGCUUCUCCGGCCCACGAUUGACCACGUCACAGAGUUUGCAUUGGCGUACCCGAUUUUGUCCAUGACCGUGCUUAACAAAGCCGGCAGCGACGACGCCAUGCAGCUGUAUUGCAUCCAGACGCAGGCGAUUCAACGAUACCAUGUGCCUGCCGCGGCGGUUUACAUCGCGGCGCCGCCGCCGACUCGAAGCCCAUCGGCGGCGCCGGCGUACGAUGGCACCCACCACCACCACGCGGUGGGCCAGUCGGUGGGCGCGCUGACCGCCGAAGACGACGAUGAUGAUGACACCAUUCAGUACGAGCAGUCGGCGGCCGAAUCGCCGCGCGCACUCGCCGCGCCCGCAACUGAACUGGACAUUUCGAUUACAGUGACGGAUUUCAACGGGAGCGAGGCCGGGUUGAGCUCGAUGCUCGCGACGGACGGCGGCGGGGGGUCCGUGGGCGGACGGAGCUCCGGCAGCAGCACCACCGACGACGACGAUCAUCGCGACGUGGAUGCCAUGAUCACGCAGCUGCACCAACUGCACCACACGACCAACAACCACGCGUUGUCGUCGCCUCGGUCCGUGUCGUCGCUGCCGAUGCCGCCCCCGAUCCCGGCGCCCGACCAGCCGUACAACCACGCGUCUUCGUCCCCCACCUCGAACCUCGGCGGAUUUCCGGACGACGGGGUGUCGGCGGUGCUUGGCCGUCUAGAACUGCAGCAGCGGGAACACCAUGAGCAACUGAAGGACCAGUUUGCGGCUUUGGCCGCACAGGUGAGCGUGCAAGUGGACAAGUCCGUGAAAAAGCACAUGCAGGGGGUCGUGGUGCCCGCGAUCGGGCGCAUUGUACUCCACACGAUGGAGCACAGCGUGCUAAAGCCGGUGCAAAAGGCGGUGGAGGACGCGAUUGUAGCCGGGCGGCCGGACGGCGGCGGCACUGGGCUGGACGUGCGCGACGCGUUCCGCGAGACCUUCCAGAGCCACAUCAUCCCGUCGUUUCAAGCGGCGACGCAGCGCAUGUUUGAGCAGAUCCAAGACACAUUUGUCAAGGGCACGCAAGCCAAGGUCGUCGAGUCCAACGCCAACUUGGCCGAGUUUCAAGCGCAGCUCACACAGCUCACAAACGCACUAAGUCGAGUCGGCGACCAGUUGGCCCAGCUGCCACAAGCAGCUCAAGAUGCCACGACGACGACGACGUUGCUGGCAAAUGAAAGCCACGAAGUCGACCUGUUUGCCCAGCAGUGCCUCGCCAUUCAAACGUUGCUUGAGAACCAUCAGUUUGAAGAAGGCUUCCAGCUCGCCCUCGGCGCGGAAAACGUCGCGCUGGUGCGGCAUGCAUGUGAACAUGUCGAGCCGGCGGCGGUGCUGGGGAAGCGGCCGUCGUCUCUGUCGCAGAUGAUCGUGCUGUGUCUGGUGCAGCAGCUCGGCAGCGACGUGCUGAAUUUGGAGCACUUGGCGCUGCAUUUGCACUGGUUGCGCGAGUCGUUGCUCGUGAUGAACCCGAAGGACCAAGCGAUUGCUCCGUUCGUCCAGAACGUCAUGCACGAACUCAAAGCCACGCUCGCCCAAGUCCCCGACCACGCCCGGGACUCGCAGUACACGCUCGUGCACCAUAUCUUGAACUCGAUGCUGAGUUUUGCCGCCUAGGAUAGUUAGUUGUUAACUUACUAGAAUAUCAUUCGUAUAUCAACCGAA